AUGAAAGGAAAAGACGUCACGAGUAGCCUUGAGCGUCGUGUGACGACAUUAGACGGGUGUUUUGAGCCAUUGAUGAGUGCGUUGCAUGCGUAUGAAGAGAAGAGUCGCCCAUGUUUGCCUGGAGAUUUGUUGAUGAAAAGUGGAGAAGACGCAGUGAAUGAGAUGUAUGAUGUCUUAGAGAGUGUAGAACGAUGUGAAUCGUUGUACAGUGCUGUGAUGCGAGAGACGAGUCGAUGUUUUGAAGUGAGUGAAGAUCUGAUGUAUUUGAUUAAAAGUGUUGAAGAGAAGUGUCGGAGUGAUUAUGUGAGUAUUUUAGCGAUGAAGAAGAGUGCCAUAGUGAUGUUAGAAGCAAGUGAGAAACGAUUGAGUUGUGAAGAGAUGCGAAUGAAUGCGAUGCGUCGUGAAGUUCUAAUGACCAAGUUGAGUACAAAUGAAGCGGAAGAAAUUGCACGACAGAAGACGUGUGAGAAGCAAAAGAUGCGGCGAAGUGUUAAGAAAGAGAAAAUGAUGAAACCAAAACGGAUGAGUGAAAUUCGAAGUGAUGAAGAGAAAGAGUCGAGUUGUUUGAGUGUGACACGACCGGAUCACACGACUUGUGUGACACAACAGAAGACAAAAUACCCACGAAUACUGUUUGGACGAAGUGACAGAACACGACAGAGUGGAGUGAAAGGUGAGAAGAUGUCAUCUGUUGACAAGAAUGAAAAAUUGAGUCGUUCAGAGAAGUCACAACGACAACUUGAAGAAGAUGAACAUUUCUUAAGUGUUGAAGAGAAAGCAAAAUUAGUCGUGUGGAGUGGAAGACAACACAUGAAAGCGGUGUUUGACAGUGAAGUAGAUUGUAUGGGGCGUGGGAGUGCAAAGUUCUAUAAAACGAUCAGUCGCUGUGAUGGUGUUGUGAUAGUCAUAGAUAGUACAAAUGGGUGUCGUUUUGGUGUGUUUGUAGGAGCAAAAGUCGAGAAGAAUGGGGAGUACAUCACCGACGAAAAUGCUUUUGUGUUUCUUCUUCGUGACAAUGGAAAAGAAAAAAUGAAGAAAUUUUGUAUUAAAGAGAAGAAAGAGGCGUUUUGUGUUGGUGUUUUGAAUUCAAGUUGUUUGUUCACGGCAGGAAAUGAAGACUUGAAAGUACCACGGAAGAUAGACGGCGUGAUGGAAUGCUCGUUGCAAAUGAAUUCAUACGACUAUGGCAUCGAAAAGUGCCCAUUUGGCAUGGAAAGACAAGUCAGAAAUUUGGAGGUCGACAAAUUUGUUGUUUUUGAUAUGCGUUGCGAAAACAACUCAAAACAACAAAACAGCGAAAAAGAUGAAAAAAUGGAGACACAAGAUAUCCAUUUCAAUUUGAACAAAGAAGAAUCGACCAUAAAUAUCAACAGGUCUGAAGACUCAACACGACCAAGGCUUGAUUUGGAACACAACAAGUCACAAAUAUAA